GUCAGUUCACCCUCCGCUCUUGGUGCGUGCAGUUAUGUAGUUGAUGUUCUCGGCCUAAAUACAAACAAACACGACGUAACUAUAAAAAAUAUAUGGCUUCAUUGCGGCAAAUUGAAACGCAAUUCAGACUAAUUGCCUAAAUACGACGAAAAGAAACGCUCUCGACUAGAACUUCGAAAUGUACGGCUUUGUAAAUUACGCCCUUGAGCUGUUGGUGACUAAGACCUAUGGGGAGGAGACAUGGGAAAAAAUAAAGAAAAAGGCUGAAGUCGCGAUGGAAGGAUCCUUUCUAGUAAGGCAAAUAUAUGAAGAUGAUAUUACUUACAAUCUCAUAACAGCCGCUGUAGAAAUUUUACAAAAACCAGCUGACGCCAUUUUAGAAUUAUUCGGAAUGACCUUCUUCGAGUUCUGUCAAGAUUCCGGUUAUGACAAGAUUCUACAAGUACUCGGAGCAACUCCGCGUGAUUUUCUUCAGAAUCUAGAUGGCUUACAUGAUCAUUUGGGCACCCUAUAUCCUGGAAUGCGAGCGCCUUCAUUCAGAUGCACAGAAAGACCCGAAGACGGGGCAUUGGUGCUCCAUUACUACUCCGAUAGACCUGGGUUGGAGCAUAUUGUUAUAGGUAUCGUCAAGACGGUUACAAGUAAACUUCACAAAACAGAAGUUAAAGUGGAAAUCUUAAAGACGAAGGAGGAAUGCGACCACGUUCAGUUCCUCAUCACGGAGACAUCUAACACUGGACGUGUUUCUAUACCUGAGAUUGCUGAAAUCGAAACUUUAUCACUCGAGCCAAAGAUUAGCCCUGCGACAUUUUGCCGCGUUUUUCCAUUUCACCUCAUGUUCGAUCGAGAGUUGAACAUCGUACAAGCUGGACGAACUGUAUCCCGCUUACUGCCAAGAGUCACUCGUCCUGGAUGCAAGAUAACUGACGUUUUGGAGACGGUUCGGCCUCAUUUGGAGAUGACAUUUUCAAAUGUUUUGGCUCAUAUCAAUACGGUAUAUGUGUUGAAAACUAAGCCAGAGGAAAUGAUUGUCGCAGAUCCUCAUGAAGAAAUAGCUUCUUUGCGUUUAAAGGGUCAAAUGCUGUAUAUACCGGAAACAGACGUGGUCGUUUUCCAGUGCUAUCCAAGUGUCACUAACUUAGAUGACUUGACAAGACGUGGACUUUGCAUCUCCGAUAUUCCACUACAUGACGCUACAAGGGAUCUCGUUUUGAUGUCCGAGCAAUUUGAAGCAGACUAUAAAUUGACUCAAAAUCUUGAAGUUCUGACUGAUAAGUUGCAGCAAACAUUCCGUGAAUUGGAGGCAGAGAAACAGAAAACUGACCGUCUCCUUUACUCCGUACUUCCAAUAAGUGUUGCUACUGAGCUACGUCACUGUCGUCCCGUUCCUGCUCGCCGAUAUGACCCUGUGACUCUUCUCUUCAGCGGCAUCGUUGGUUUCGCUAACUAUUGCGCUAGGAACAUCGACCACAAAGGUGCUAUGAAAAUCGUUAAAAUGCUCAACGAUCUGUAUACUGCUUUUGACGUACUCACAGACCCGAAAAGAAAUCCUGAUGUUUAUAAAGUAGAGACAGUUGGAGAUAAAUACAUGGCCGUAUCUGGUCUGCCAGAAUAUAAAGUGGCACAUGCAAAACAUAUUUCAUUGCUGGCUCUUGAAAUGAUGGACCUUUCUCGAACUGUCACUGUGGAUGAUGAACCGGUGGGCAUUACUAUAGGUAUUCAUUCGGGUGAAGUUGUGACUGGGGUUAUUGGACAUCGUAUGCCACGCUAUUGUCUCUUCGGUAACACGGUGAAUCUAACAAGCCGCUGUGAAACUACUGGAGUACCCGGAACUAUAAAUGUCAGCGAAGAUACUUACAGCUAUUUAAUGCGGGAGGAUAACUACGAUGAGCAAUUUGAACUCACUUAUCGUGGUCACGUGUCCAUGAAGGGUAAAGCCGAACCGAUGCAGACAUGGUUCCUGACAAGGAAGACGAAUUAAAUUUAAAUAAAAAAAAUCUUUAUUCCAGAGAAUGUUACCCUACAGGAACUUAAAAAUAUUU